AUGCGUAUGUUUUUGGUCCGGCGUUUCUCGUCGGCAUGCGCAAGCAAAUUCCAGCCUUUGAACGAGGACUAUCGCACGCUAAGACACAUCCACUUCGAUGGCGUUACGCCGUUCGUCAAGGGCCAGGCGAUCCAGAACAAAAUGGUCAGUGCCAACUUGGACUUCAAGAAGAUGGAGGCCACAAUCAAAAAAAAGCAAAAAGCAUUCGCGCUGCAAGGCUUGCAGCUCCAGGAGUUUGAGCAGGAGUUCAUCCAACGCGUGCUUUCCAUGAAACCGUUCCCCACCCUUCUCACGUUUGAGUUUGAUGGUGUCUACACGGGCGGCAAGCAAAUGAAACAGGACCCCACCCUUCCUGAACAAAUUGCCGCAUUCAACAGGCUCGGGUGUGAGUACCACCAGCUAGAAAGAGGCGGCCAGGUUACGUGGCACGGCAAGGGCCAGCUCACCGCUUAUUUGAUCAUGGACUUGAAGCAGUUUUCCGAUUUGACGGUGCGGUGCUACGUCGAUUCUGUGCUUUUGAAGGCCGUGCAAAACUUGCUCGAAAAGAGGUUUGGUUUGCCCAGUUUCGUGAAUGACAACCCGGGCGUGUGGAUGUCGCCGGACAACUUGAAAAUAUGCUCUGUGGGCUGUAAUAUCCAGAGGGCCAUCACCUCGUAUGGUAUCGGGCUCAAUGUGAGGCCAGACCUCAAGUUCUUGAACACGCACAUAAUGUGUGGAAUGCCGGGCACAAGGGCCACAUCUAUCCAGGAAUUGAAGCCGGAAUACAGCGGCAGUAUCAAAGAAGUGGGCGAGAACUUUGCACAGGAAUUGGCCAAGAGGCUUAAUUUGAGUACCAUCGAGCACAUGAACGGUGCAGACUUGCUUGCCGAAGAGAGCCUGAACGCGAACUAG